AUGAUAAAGAUUGUAAAAACAAAUUAUAAGCCAGGAUUGAAUGUCUCACAUAAUAGAGAAUUAUCAGAAGUCAAUAUUAUUGACAAGGUACUAAAUAUUCAAUAAUAUUGCUAUUUUAGAAUACAAUUUUGAGCCAAAUAUGUAUUUAAUGA